AUGGAUAAACUUUACGUUAUUGAAUCAGGUUACUUUCCAGCUUCUAAACAAACCUAUAAGGGCGAUUUAAAUUUUGCAAAUCAACGCAGCGGAGAAGGCGAACAAAUUUGGCAGUGCAAAUCGUUCGAACGAUACCAGGGCGAUUUCUUUCAAGAUUCAUUACACGGUUAUGGCACUUACACUUGGUUACAAGAAAAUAAAAACGAUUUUUUGGUCGAAGGAACAUUUCACGGAAGUUUUAUUCACGGAUAUUCAUCCAUAGCGUAUUCGAACGAAUCGUAUUUCGAGGGUUUAAUUAGAAGAAAUAAACGUUUUGGACCUGGCGUUUUAUCUUAUUUAAAUGGAAAUCAAGAUGUGGGGUUGUGGAAUGGAGAUCGACUUUCUAGGAUUUGUUACACCAUUUUUCCUGAGUAUUUACCAAUUUUAGCUUAUUCAGGUGAGGGUAAGAAGAAAUUAUUAAAGUUUAAAACGUUAAUUACGCUUUGUGAGGAAGAUUUUGAAUCGAAAGAUGUUGCAAUAGAGAUUUUAAAGAAAUUAGGGGCCCCAAAAGAUGUUUUAAGGUUAUCUAACCAACUUUAUAACCCUUUUGUGAGGAAUAUAAAGAGUUUGUUAUUUGAUAAGAAGCUUUAUGAUGCCCAAAUUUAUGAUGGUUCUUUAAAUAGGGGACAAACGGAGGAGAAAUUAUCUCAAGUUUUUGAUUAUUUACUCGAAAAUGGGGGUGAUUUGGAAAAAAUUCCUGAGGGGAGUCGUUUAAAAAAAAAUGUUUCAUUUAACGUUCGAAGUUUAUUAAUCGGCGAUCGAUUAAAGUUUGGACCACCUGGAGAUUACGAGAUGUGUUGUAUUCGCUUCCUUCAAGAAGCUUCAAAUGGGAAUGAUCAAUUAGCUGCGAGAUUAUUAACUGAAAAAAAUGUUAAUCCGGAUGUUUCAGAUUCAAAGGGAAACGUCGCUGCAAUCUUUGCUUCAGCUAAAGAUAAAUGGGGAGUCCUGAAAAUGUUGUGCAACUUUGGGGCCGACUUAGACAAAGUUAAUGAUGAUGGAUUAUCAGCUCUAUCAAUGUGUAUCUUAAGAUACGUAGCGUAUAAAAAAGAUAUAGUCGAUUGGGAGAGAGCUUUUCUAAAUGAUACCACCAAAGAAAAUGUUGAGAAUGAUAAUAAGUGGAGAUUUAAAGAUUCUUCGGUUGAUUUAAAAGCGAUGUUGGAUGAAAACGAUGUUUUAGAGGUUCCUUGUGAUGAUGUGAAAGGAUUUCAAGGCGAAUACGAAUUAAUUGCGGAUCAGAAUCAAAGAUAUUUAUUCUCAACGGAAAUAAAACUACCCCCAGUUAAAAAAAUUAAGUUCGACAAAAAAGUCUCUCACAAAAAAAGUAAAUCAAGUAAAUCAGCCAAAACGAAUCAAUCAAGAAAAAUUGAUUCAAAGCAAUUAUUAAAAGAAGAAAACUUAAACACAAUCUUAACGACGAUUAAAACCCUUUUAGAACUCGGUUGUGACCCGAAUUUUUGUCAAGUUCCACUCCCUUCGGUAUUAAUCGCCGUUUAUAGUGAUUGCCAAGAAAUUGUUGAUGUUUUGAUUGAAUAUAACGCAGAUUUAAACGUCUUUUCACCUACCGAUGGAUUAACACCACUUCACCUUUUGUGUUGUCUCCCAUUUUCAACGUCCAACACUGAAAUGUUUGAAACCAUCUUAAAAUCGGGGGCUAAUCCGAAUCAAAAAGCGUCCCCGAGUCAUUGGCUAAAAGAAAAAUUGAAAUUAUUAGGAAAAAUUCGUCCUGACCCAUCUAUUAUUGAUAAAGGAAAAAAUCCUUCUCAUAUUCUCUCGAUGCGUUACGAUUUCGAAUGGGAUUUAAAUGACUAUCAAUUAAAAAUGUUUCAAUUUUUAUUGGAAUUUAAAUUGGAUUUGAAUGAAGUGUAUCUUGGGCAUACCCCGUUUUCAAUUGCUAUUUUAAGGGGGAAUGUAAAGCUUAUAAAAUGGUUUGUUGAAUCGAAUUUGAUCGAUCCUUAUGGUGUUUUUGGGGAAAAUAUGGGUUCGGCUUUAACGAUUUUAAUUUUGAAAAGAUAUAAUUUGAUUCUUCCUUUGGAGGUGGCCCAAGAAGUUUAUGAUGUUUUAAUUGGGUUCAAUUUUAAUCCUUUGGUAAAUAUUUUAAAUAAAGGCAAUGUUAUUGAGUUUAUGGAAGAAGAAUAUAAAGUUAUAGGUGAUGAGAAGAAAGAGAUGAAGAAGAAAGGUAAAAAGGUAAAAGGGAAAGCUAAAAAAUCGAAAAAAGGAAAAAAAAAUCCUGUUGAUGAAUUAAAAAAAUAUCUUCUCCUCAAAACGAAAGAAAUGUUACAAAGAAACAUCGUAGCGAAAGCUUUCUUACAUUUACGAAUUUUUAUUAUAUUAAUUAAAAACGAAACGACCGAUAUAAUGAAAACGUUAAUACAAUUUUUCAGUUUAAAAACGAUUCAAAAAUGCCUUCAGUUACUCAUCCAACGAGGAAUCAUCGAAUAUAACAAAUUAAAUAUCAUGGUUAUUUAUAAAUUUUUAAAUUUACUGAACGAUUUUUUAAAGAAAAAAGAUAAACAUAUCUCAACUGGUGACAUAUUCUACGGACUUUAUUGGAAAAUAAUAGAAAAUCAAAAAAAUUCUAAUCUAAUCGAACCGGAAAUCGAUACAAACGAAGAAAUUUACAAAGUUUGUUUUUAUUGUUGCAAAAAAUCGAAUAAAAAACUCAUAAUUUGCCCAAUGUGCGGAUUGGUUUACUUUUGUUCACAAGAAUGUAACAAAUUAAGUAACAAAAAAUCAACGAUUCAUAACUGCAAUUAUCUAUAUUAUGACAAAGAAAGAUUUAAGAUGAACGAAUCCUCAAAGUUUGAAAACGCAUACAAAGAAUCGAACCAACUCCAAGAAGCCUUAAACAAAGCCUAUGGAGAUAUUUAUAACAAUUUAAUGGGUAAAUUUGGAUCACUUCGAAUUUACAAUCUAUUAAAACUUUCGAAGUGUGACGAUUUAUCACGAAUUGAUUAUCUUAUAAAAUCGUGUGGGUUUAUUCGAAACUUUGUGGAAGAAAAACUUGAAAUUGUUGCAAGUGAUGAGAAAGAACUCAUAGAGACGCUUGGAGACGCUUUAGAGGCUCAAAACAUUUUAAAAGAGAUUAGGAGGAAGAAAAAGUCCACAUCUAAAUUGAGUGUACGUAGCAGAUCAAACGCUAGUUUAAAGAAAAGAAUUAAGAAAAAGUCACAAUCUAAAUUGAGUAUUCGAAGUAGAUCAAACGUUAGUUUAAAGAAAAGUAAGAAAAAGUCACAAUCUAAAUUGAGUAUUCGAAGUAAAUCAAACGUUAGUUUAAAGAAAAGUAAGAAAAAGUCACAAUCUAAAUUGAGUGUACGAAGUAAAUCAAACGUUAGUUUAAAGAAAAGUAAGAAAAAGUCACAAUCUAAAUUGAGUGUACGAAGUAAAUCAAACGUUAGUUUAAAGAAAAGUAAGAAAAAGUCACAAUCUAAAUUGAGUGUACGAA